AUGGAGCCGGCUUCUAAAGCGCAAAACCGUAAAGCUACCUCAGCCACGGAUCAAGCCCCGCGAAAGAGACGCAAGCGGACUGUCGUUACUGGUGCAGCGGAGGAUUGCUUCACCUGCGCCCGACAAGGAUUCUCCUGUGAUCGGCGACGCCCUUACUGCUCUCAAUGCCUUGAUCAUGGUCGGGAAUGUUCGGGUUACAAGACCAAGCUGACCUGGGGUGUUGGUGUUGCUAGCCGGGGUAAGCUUAGGGGGUUAUCGCUUCCGGUGAGCGGGUCGCAACCAGCUGCGACACCCUCAACCGCACCUUGUCCAGCAGGCCCACACGAAUCACCGUCUAUAUCACCAUCGCCUUACAAGUCCACACCCUCUCACACAGCUACGACCUCAUCAACGACUUCACCUACGUCUCAAGAACAGCAGCGGCCUCCAUUUGUAUCUGAAACACACGGGAACAUAAUAUGGACAAAUAACGCUUCCAACACCCAACAAUGGCCCACGGGAAGUCCACUCUCAGCCCACCAUCGCCCGUGGAGUAAAACAGGAACCCACAGAACAGAUGUCUCACAAGGCAUAGCGAACCUUGAUGUACGGCCACGCUUUCAGGAGAGGCCAGACCUAUCCACGGGGUGUCAUAACAUGAUAAGCACAACAAAUGUCUGGUCUAGUCAGGCGCAGGUGCUAUCAACGAUGCCACAGUGGCAACACCCGGGAAAUGCCCCGGAAACUGAAGCAACCGAGGUGGUUGAGGAACAGCACGAGCGAGAAAGUACAGGCAGUCCUCCUCUACGCGUAGAAACUUGCCACUCGCCGUCGCUAUCACAGCUGCUUCUAGCACGCUCCGUUGGACGUACCCCACGACUCAGAUAUUUAAUCAGCUAUUACGCUGAAGUCAUAGCGCCGAUGAUCGUUGCUUUCGACGGCCCAGCAAACCCAUUCCGCACUUAUGUUCUACGCCUAGCACAGGAAAGCUUAUCACUUCAAGAAGCCAUCGCUACGUUAUCUACAUGUAACAUACGGCAGAGGCAUGAGCGGAGGAUGAGGCCAACGGAGCGGUCCCUUCCAGCACGCUUAUCAUCAUUAGCCCAUCGCGCCUUGACAGACGAGGCGUUCCGAGAUGAAUACGGGGUGUCAAGGCCUGAGGGGUUUGCUCGAGAGGAGCAAUACCAUCGAGGCAUGGCUGUCAAGGCACUGAAUAUGGAGUUGGCCGAUCCGCGUGAAAGACUGUCAGAUUCCGUCCUCGCAACAUUGCUUGUCCUUUGCUUGUUUCACAUGUGUGAUACUGGCGUCGCUCAAUUCAAAACCCAGUUCGCUGGGGUGACAAAGUUAUUGGCAAUCCGAAUGCGCAGCUCUCCCCAAAUGUCGGAGGAGUUGAAAUGGUUCGUUCGUGUGUUCACCUGGUUUGAUACGAUGACAGCUACCACCAAUGAUCGCGAGACGCAGCUUCGCGGUGCUUGUUUAGAUAUUGCGGCAGUUUCAGACGGUGAGUGGGGGCUGGAGAAUCUUGCAGGUUGUGAUCCAAGCCUGUUCAAAUUCAUUGCGCAGCUCGGUCGUUUGAAUCUUUUGAGUCAAGACCAGGAAGUCAAAGCGCCGGGACUUGUGGAUAUAUUUGUUCCGUCUUCGGCGCCUCCACCAUCGAUGACAUAUUUUUACUCAUCUUCUUCGUUGAGGUCAGAUAUACCUGCAGGCAGCAACACUCAUUCGCAUCCGCUACCCUGUCUACCACAAUCGAGCGACCCAUCAAGGCGACCGUCAUCACCAGCGUUUUGGGCAGAAUGGUAUUCGUUACGGCAAAAGCUUGAAUCAUGGCGUCUCCCCCGCCAGGAUAGUCGACAUUUUGGUGGUGUCCCCGCGUCUACUACAAAUGCAUACAUUUCGCCACCUUCAUCCCCGUCAUCUCAGGCUGUUGUUGCCCCUCAGAACCGCGAGGAUGUCUUUCAUAUUUCUGAAUCAUUCCGCCAUUCCGCGAUUCUCUAUACUGAACGACUUGCGUAUCCAGAUUUGCCAUCCAAUCAUCCCCGUAUUCAAUUACUCGUGAACCACGCGAUGCAUCAUAUCUCACUGGUUAAGUCGGACGUGUACCUAUUAUGGCCGCUUUUUAUCACUGGCGCCGAGUGUGUGGUUGAAAGGCAUCGUACAUUCAUCAGAGAGCGCUGCAAGGACCUUUCCAAAGAUUCUGGAUUUCUAAAUAACCUCUCAUGUCUCGAGUUGCUCGAAAAGAUAUGGGCAGAAAUCCCUACCGCGGCCGAUGUUGGCGAUCACACUGAUCGUGCAUCACGCGGCACAUACGCUGGCGCAUCCGAAGACGUUGUGUCAGCCUUUGAUGAUAAUUUGCCCUCCUAUAGCGAAACAUCAUCAUUCCCGAUUUUAGCAUCGGUUGCGAGACCGCAUGGAUUCCGAUGGCACCGGGUGAUGCAGGCUAAACGGACCGAAGGGGAAUAUAUGGUGGUGUGA